AAAUAUAAAUAUUUAAGUGAUCAUAUUUUUUGGACAGACAGGGGUAGAAGCUCCCAAAUGGAAGACUUGAUCAUUUUUUUCACAGAUGAAUCACAGAGGUACAAAGAAAUGUUGUUGGUUUGACUGAACUCAGAAAUGAACUGUCUGCAGAUCCCGCACGGUGAAAUAACCCCUUCUUCCAGAUCGGCGCAAACAGCCAUAAUUUCAAACGUGCUUUUGCCGGAGGAAACCGCUUUUAUAAUAGCCGUCCUCUCUGCACAAAUUGUACCUCCUAAGGAAGCAUUCUCAAUAUUACACCCUGUAACGAUGCCUGCAACAAAAACGGAGCUUGAUUAUUCAUCUCACCAUAUUCACAGAGGAUGGACAUAGAAGUUAUGGCAGAUGAAUACGGAUCCAAAAAAACGACUGCUUUUUUACAAGAGGUCGUCAAUUUUACCAAUGCCAUUAACAUUGAUACACUGUUAGAGAAAGCCUACUCUCCUUACAUCCACAGCACGCGAAAGAUUGACAAGAUCAAAUCUACAAUAAUCAAGGCGUUUAAAACUGAGUUUCACAAUGAAAUAGACAGCUUGUUCAAGCAGGCGGAACUGCCGAAAAUGCUGACUCGACUUAAAAAACUCGAAGAUGAACACAGUGAACGAAAAGAAACGUGGAGACCGCCCGGAAAUGUCGACGACCACUGCCGAUCUUUAAGAGUACAAGCCAAUCUCAAACUCAAAAACGAAUUGGAUUCUCUCAUCAAAGUUAAGAUGUUGAACAUAGAUAAACUUAAAGUUAAAAUAAGAGCCGGUCAUGAAAAAGACUCGUUUUCCCAGUUUGUCAAUGUUUUAGCCGAUGAAGUCAAUGUCUGCUCGUCACUCGCCAAACAGAACGACACUGUCCUUUGGAAAUUUGCAGAAGAAUCUUCAUUAAUCAAUGAUGGCAAAUCGAUAAAGUUGAUAAAAAAUGAUAAUAUUGUACAUUUUGCUUAAAAUCAUUUUUAGAAUGACUUGUUUUAUAAAUAUUAUAAUUCAUAAUUAUUACUUUUUUAUUUAAAUGUUUAUAUUAAGAAGAUGUGUUUACUUUUAUGAUUGUUCAUAUUUUCAUUGUUCUCUCAGACUUUGAA